AUGGACAGGGAUGACGGCCUCCUUUACCAGUACGAAGUCAAUCUCGUAGCCGCCCUUGCCGGUGGCACCAUCUUCAUUGAGUAUUUCGAUCAAGGCUUUUUGAGCGUUAAGAUCGGGCCUGGCGAGGCCAUUUCCCUACCAAACGUCAACGAACCCAUCCUUCGCAAGAUUGACGAGUGGUGCGAGCAUCAAUCUUCGUGGCAUAGCGGAUCGGCAUGCGACCUCUCCUCGAUUUACUCGAUCUUCGAUAUCAUGAAAGCCAUCGAGCACGAGCGAAAGGGCCGAUACCGUCUCUACCGAUGUUGGGAUCCACAUCUUCGCCCAUCCCCGCAACCUCUACCCCUUGGCCAUUGCGCCUUGAGUUUUUCGAAAUUCAAAUGA